GCCCUACAUAAACAGCACAGCGUGGAGCCUGAAGAGACACAUCCCUGCCGAUCUUCAACUUUUUCCUUGGGUAACAUUUUUCCUUUUUCUAAGGUAUCUUCUAAGUCUAGCUCAGCAAAAUGAGUCACGUCGACGUUAAGAACCUGAAGCCCACCACCUUUGAGGAUCGCUACUACGACGAAUAUGAUUAUUACAAUCUGACAGACAGAUACACGGAGUGCACGAGCCGCAAAGGCAGGACGAAGAAGGAGGCCAGCAGCAACACCAACCGCCACAACCCCGCCGGCCACGAGCGCAAAAUCGUCGAGAAGCUUCAGAACGCCGAGAAAAAGGCCAAAGAGUGAAGCAACAGAUUUGUUCGGACGGCUUGACCUGGAAACCGACCUUUGGCGCCUUGGCGUCGGAUUUCGAAAGGCAGAAGAUGAUAGAAGUGCCCUCCGGUUCUAGUGAAGGGUGGCUGUUCUGAAACGACCCUCGGUGGCCGGUUUGGUAUUGUUCGGGAUAUGGACGUGCGCGUGCGCCGCACACCUGAGCAGGUGGACGCAGAUUGCAUCGACCAGCGCGUGCUUGAUGGUCAAUGGUGCUUUUUGUCUUGGUGUUUUUGAACAAACGGUUUUUUUAUAUUACUAAAGUUGAUGAGAAAUAAAGAAAUGUUUUCACAUUA